AUGAGUGAGAAAGUGAUUGAUAAGGUCGAAUUAACGGAAGCUGUAGAGACAACCAACUUUACGAGCAUCACAUCACAAACAGAGCCCAAGCAAGAAUCUGAAAAAAACCUCAAGCGAUCUCGACCAGAUUCACCAUUUGACGGUUUAAAAACAAGCGAUGAUAGUAUUCUUUACGAGACUAAAGAAAGACAAAUGUGCCCUCGAUGCAAAAAGACAGUAAAGUACUUUUGUUACCGAUGCUUUGAUGUCAGUGGAAUGGAUCGUUCCCAGAUCCCCACAGUUAAUCUUCCUGUUCAUUUGGAUGUGAUCAAACAUGAAAGAGAGUUGGAUGGAAAAUCUACCGCUAUUCAUGCUCGUGUAAUUGCUCCAGAAGAUGUGAGUAUUUACACUUGGAAGAACGCACCUACUUAUGAGCAUCCUGAGCGUACACUGUUACUGUUUCCCGGCCCUGAUGCCAAAACACUUGCAGAAAUCCCUAGGGAUUCCUUUGAUCGUGUCGUUGUAAUUGACGGUACAUGGAGUCAAGCCAAUGCUAUUGCACGCGAUACACCAUCAUUACAAAACCUUCGAAAAGUGACAAUUGCACCAAGAAUCACCCACUUCUGGCGGUUUCAGCAAAUGAGUGAGAACCAUUUGGCAACUAUUGAGGCUAUUUAUUAUCUUUACCAUGAAUAUUGCCAGACAUACGAAACCCCUGAAGGAUAUGAUGGCCGCUAUGAUAACCUGAUGUUUUACUACAAAUUCUUCUACGAUUUGAUUCAGGAUAAAUAUAGACAAACCAAAAAGACAUUCACUCACCGCCACAAACAAAACUACAUCAAAUAUGCUGAAAAUAAACCCAAAGACCAAAAAGCAGACGAUGUUGAGACUGUAACGGAUAAGAAUGUCCCAGAGGAAACAGACGCUCAAAAAAAUGUCGAAACAGUUAAAAAGCAGUAACGAGCAUAGAUCCUUUUCUUUUUCUUAAAAAAAAAACAGCUGCAUAUCAUUUCAUUUCUGUACAACACUUUCCUUUCCAUUAAAACUAUACAAACAAUUUUGUCAUUUAGCUGGUAUUACC